AUCAUCAUGGCGGCGUUGGAGCUGUGACAGACCGAAGAGCCGCUCACCUCCGCCGGACCGAAGCCUCCGCCGUCCGCAGCGCGCUCAAACACGGCCCCGUCUCUGCCCCGUCCCCCGGAGCUCCCGUCACCCCGGGACCGGCUCCAGGAUGACGGCCUGAGAGCGGAGCCCGUGCCCGGACAUGCUCCAGCCCGAGCCCCGGCCUCAGCCCCGGCCUCCUCACCACUCCUGCCCGCUGCCCGAGGCCCAGAGCCGCAGAACCAAAGCCAUGUUCCUGUCCCGGGCUCUGGAGAAGAUUCUGUCGGAUAAAGAGUUGAAGCGGAGCCAGCACGGCCCGCUGCGCACCGCCUGCCAGGUGGCGUUAGAUGAGAUCAAAGCUGAGCUGGACAAACAAAAAGAUGGAACAGUGGUGCCCCCUAGAGCCAACUACAUCGAGGCAGAUAAAUAUGUGCUGCCAUUUGAGCUUGCCUGUCAAUCAAAGUCUCCACGCAUCGUCAGCACCUCCCUCGACUGUCUACAGAAGUUGAUUGCGUAUGGACACAUCACAGGAAAUGCCCCCGACAGCAAAACUCCAGGAAAGAGGCUCAUCGACCGCCUAGUGGAGACCAUCUGCAACUGCUUCCAGGGCCCUCAGACAGACGAAGGAGUGCAGCUGCAGAUUAUAAAGGCCCUGCUGACCACAGUGACCUCUCCACACAUAGAGAUCCAUGAGGGCACGGUCCUGCUCACUGUUAGGACGUGUUAUAACAUUUAUCUGGCCAGUCGUAACCUGAUAAACCAGACCACAGCCAAAGCCACGCUCACACAGAUGCUACAUGUGAUCUUCACCAGGAUGGAACAGCAAGCCGCUCUGGAGGUUCAGGAGCAGGAGAAGGAGCGGUUACGUCUGCCCCAGAAUGCAUCACCCGUCCCUGGGGAGAGGAGGUCUGUGUCCUCCCGCUCUGAUGGGACCCCCACACCAGAGCCUCAGGACUCCCCCUCCCCUAAAGGGGACCUGAGUGCUGCUAACUCUACGGCUAAUGCUACUGCUGAGGCUAUGGCUGAUGCUACAGCUAACCACUCAGACGACAGUAGUGCUAAUGCUGCUAACUCUAACCCCAAACCCUCCGCUCCCCCCGAGCCUGAGCCUCAGGCCGUCCAAGAGGGGGUGACAAGCACACCUGCAGUGAACGGGCAGCAGGAAAACAGUGAGUCCAUGAAUGGAGAAGAGCGCCUCCCGACCACAAGCUCAGACUCAGUGUUUGAGGAUGAAUCUGUGGACUCGUCUCUCCCUCCAUCUGAGCAAGAGCAGAACAAACACACACCUGACUCUACAGAUCAGACCCAGGCUCCUCCUCCUCAACUCAGACUAGAACAGAAUGGCUUCAUCGAAGACCGCUCCUCUGUGUCCUCUGUAGACCUCCUGGACCCAGACUGCCUUCAGACGCAUGCUUCUGCUCGGUUCUCUCACAUUCUGCAGAAAGAUGCGUUCCUUGUGUUCAGGUCUCUGUGUAAACUGUCUAUGAAGCCUCUGGCCGACGGACCUCCAGACCCUAAGUCCCAUGAGUUGCGUUCUAAGAUCGUGUCGCUGCAGUUGCUCCUGUCCGUCCUGCAAGCAGCAGGCCCGGUCUUCAGGACUCAUGAGAUGUUUGUGACGGCCAUUAAACAGUAUCUGUGUGUGGCUCUGUCCAAGAACGGCGUGUCCUCUGUCCCCGAGGUCUUCGAACUGUCUCUCGCCAUCUUCCUCACCCUCCUCUCCCACUUCAAAGUCCACCUCAAGAUGCAAAUCGAGGUUUUUUUCCGGGAGAUUUUUUUGACCAUUUUAGAAACAUCGACAAGUACAUUUGAGCACAAGUGGAUGGUGAUCCAGACCCUCACACGCAUCUGUGCAGAUGCUCAGUGUGUGGUAGACAUCUAUGUCAACUACGACUGUGACCUGAACGCUGCAAACAUCUUUGAACGGCUCGUGAACGAUCUGUCAAAGAUUGCGCAGGGGCGGAGUGGACAAGAGCUGGGGAUAACGCCUCUACAGGAGCUGAGUCUGAGGAAGAAGGGUCUGGAGUGUUUGGUCUCCAUUUUGAAGUGUAUGGUGGAGUGGAGCAAAGACAUGUAUGUGAACCCCAACCUGCAGACCAACCUGGGUCAGGAGCAUCCGUGUGACCCCGACGCUGCAGAGGUCAAACCCUCUGGUCGCAGGGACAGUGUUGGGUCUUUAGACUCCGCCCUCUCAUCCAGCACUGCCCAGGCUGACCACCCCGAGCAGUACGAGGUCAUCAAGCAGCAGAAGGAGAUCAUCGAGCACGGCAUCGACCUGUUUAAUAAGAAGCCAAAGAGAGGGGUCCAGUACCUCCAAGACCAGGGUAUGCUGGGUCCCACAGCCGAGGAGAUCGCUCAGUUCUUGCACCAGGAGGACCGUCUGGACACGACUCAGGUGGGUGAGUUCCUGGGGGAGAACAGUAAGUUCCAUAAAGAGGUCAUGUACUGUUACGUGGACCAGCUGGACUUCUGUGGGCGGGACUUCGUGUCGGCACUUCGCAUCUUCCUCGAGGGAUUCCGUCUCCCAGGAGAAGCCCAGAAGAUUGACCGACUCAUGGAGAAGUUUGCAGCGCGAUACCUAGAGUGUAACCAGAGCCAAACCCUUUUUGCCAGUGCAGACACAGCCUACGUCCUGGCCUACUCCAUCAUCAUGCUGACCACAGAUCUACACAGCCCUCAGGUUAAGAAUAAAAUGACCAAAGAGCAGUACAUCAAGAUGAACAGAGGCAUCAACGACAGUAAAGACCUGCCUGAGGAGUACCUGUCCUCCAUCUACAACCAGAUCGCAGGCAAGAAGAUCAGCAUGAAGGAGAGCAAGGAAUUCACCAUCACACCCAAGGGCAAACAGAAUGUUGCGAGUGAGAAGCAGAGGCGUCUUCUCUAUAACAUGGAGAUGGAGCAGAUGGCGAAGACGGCCAAAGCUCUGAUGGAGGCGGUGAGCCACGCCCAGGCGCCAUUUUUCAGUGCGACUCACCUGGAGCACGUACGACCCAUGUUUAAGUUGGCAUGGACUCCUCUUCUCGCUGCUUUCAGUGUGGGUCUACAGGACUGUGACGAUCCGGAGGUGGCGUCUCUGUGUUUGGAGGGAAUCCGUUGUGCCAUCAGGAUCGCCUGCAUCUUCAGCAUGCAGUUGGAGCGAGAUGCGUACGUCCAGGCCCUCGCCCGCUUCACCCUGCUGACCGCCAGCUCCAGUAUCACUGAAAUGAAACAGAAAAACAUUGACACCAUAAAAACCCUCAUCACUGUGGCCCACACGGACGGAAACUACCUGGGCAACUCCUGGCACGAGAUCCUGAAAUGUAUUUCUCAGCUGGAGUUGGCUCAGCUGAUCGGGACAGGGGUGAAAGCGCGGUACAUCUCAGGAGUGACCCAUAGCAGAGAGCCCAGCAUCAGGGGCCUGCCGUCAGGCACAGAGGACUUCAUGCCCCUCGGACUGGGAGGCCUGGUGGGGAGUCAGGACAAACGGCAGAUGGCUCACAUACAGGAGUCAGUGGGAGAGACCAGUUCACAGAGUGUAGUCGUCGCUGUCGAUCGGAUCUUCACUGGAUCCACGAGGCUUGAUGGAAAUGCGAUCGUGGACUUCGUGCGUUGGCUCUGUGCCGUCUCUAUGGAUGAGUUGGCUUCUUCUCAUCAGCCAAGGAUGUUCUCGCUGCAGAAGAUCGUGGAGAUCUCCUACUACAACAUGAACCGCAUCAGGCUGCAGUGGUCCAGAAUCUGGCAGGUCACAGGGGACCACUUCAACAAGGUUGGCUGUAAUCCAAACGAGGACGUGGCCAUCUUUGCUGUGGACUCACUGAGGCAACUCUCCAUGAAAUUCCUGGAAAAAGGAGAAUUGGCAAACUUCCGCUUCCAGAAGGACUUCCUGCGUCCAUUUGAGCACAUCAUGAAGAAGAACAGAUCCCCCACUAUUCGUGACAUGGUGGUCCGCUGUGUGGCUCAGAUGGUGAACUGCCAGGCUGGAAACAUUCGCUCUGGAUGGAAGAAUAUUUUCUCUGUGUUUCAUCAGGCGGCGGCAGAUCACGACGAGACGAUUGUAGAGCUGGCGUUUCAGACCACGGGACGCAUCGUCUUGAACACGUUUAAGGAGCAUUUUGCUGCCGCCAUAGACUCGUUCCAGGAUGCAGUCAAGUGUCUGUCUGAGUUUGUUUGUAACGCAGCAUUUCCAGACACCAGUAUGGAGGCCAUCAGACUGAUACGGCACUGCGCCAAAUACGUGUCCGAGAGACCACAGGCUCUUCGCGAGUACACGAGCGAUGACAUGAACGUGGCUCCAGGAGACAGAGUCUGGGUCCGAGGAUGGUUCCCCAUUCUCUUUGAGCUCUCCUGUAUCAUCAACCGCUGUAAGCUGGAUGUAAGAACAAGAGGUCUGACAGUGAUGUUUGAGAUCAUGAAGAGUUAUGGAAACUCCUUUGAGACUCACUGGUGGCACGAUCUGUUUAGAAUCGUCUUCAGGAUCUUCGACAACAUGAAGCUUCCCGAGCAGCAGACUGAGAAGACUGAGUGGAUGACCACGACCUGUAAUCAUGCCCUCUACGCCAUCUGUGACGUCUUCACUCAUUUCUAUGAAGCUCUGAGCUCCAUCCUCCUGCCCGACAUCUUUACACAACUGCAGUGGUGUGUGCGGCAAGAUAACGAGCAGUUGGCACGGUCAGGGACAAACUGCUUGGAAAACCUGGUCAUUCUGAAUGGAGAGAAAUUCAGUCCUGAAGUUUGGGACAUGACCUGCUCCUGUAUGAAGGAGAUCUUCCAGAACACAUGUCCUCACGCGUUGUUGACAUGGCGUCCAGUGGGACAGGAGGAGGAGUCUUCAGAGGGAAAGCAUUAUGAGGCAGACUUUGACGCUCAGUCCCAGGGCAGCUACGAUCGCGCAGCGUCAGAGCGAGGACACAGCCAGAUGUCCAGUGACGACACAUGGAAGGGACGCUCCAACACCCGAGCCUCAGACCAGCGUCUCUUCUCAGGGCUCCUCAUUAAAUGUGUGGUGCAGCUAGAGCUCAUUCAAACCAUUGACAACAUCGUGUUCUAUCCCUCAACGAGCAAGAAGGAGGACGCAGACAACAUGUCCGCUGCUCAGCGUGAUGCCCUGGAGGAGGCGGAGUUAACAGGUGAAACAGGUGCGGAGCAGGGCAUGUACAUGCACCUGUCGUCCGCUCACCUGUUCAAACUUCUCGACUGUCUCCUGGAAUCACACCAAUUCGCCAAAGACUUCAACUCCAACAACGAGCAGCGCACCGCCCUGUGGCGAGCAGGGUUCAAAGGGAAGUCCAAGCCUAACCUGCUCAAACAGGAGAGCACCAGUCUGGCCUGCAGCCUCAGGAUUCUGUUUAAGAUGAACUCUGACCCCAAACUGCAAGAGUCGUGGCCCGACAUACAAGCGCGACUGAUGAUCGUGUGCACAGAGGCUCUGGAUUACUUCAUCAGUCUGACCUCAGAGAGUCACAGAGAGGCCUGGAACAGUCUGUUAAUGUUACUGCUCACAAGGACUCUACGGCUCCCCGAUGAGAAGUUCCGUCCGUUGUCAUCCUCUUUUUACCCACGUCUCUGUGAGAUGAUGCAGUUUGACCUGAUCCCGGAGCUCAGGGCGGUGCUCAGGCGUUUUUUCUUAAGGAUCGGCUCCGUCUUCCACAUCCACGCUCCACCACAGGGAGGCACUACACCUCUGCCUACAACAUAAACUCACCAGGAGAGGGUGCUACACCUCUGCCUGUGGCAUGGACUCACCACUGGGGGCAUAGCAGAGAGCAGGAAGUGGCUCCUUUGGACUGAGCUCAUGAAGAAGGCUGAACACUUCAGAACAUUCUCUCUAUAUGAAACUAAACGCUUUACAUCAGAACUUUUAUCUGGAUCUGGGACAGUACAGAAGUAAGCACUUCAAGUGAAUUUGACAGAUUCUCAUAUUUUUCUUCUGCUUGUGCCCAACCUGGAAGUGACAUUAUAAACUUCAACAAAAUCACAAAACUAGAAAAACUUAAUCAGAGUUGGAGUAAACUCUUGCCUAAUCUGUCAAAUGCACUUUAAGGAUUAGGUCACACUUUGUCCCCGUAGGUAAAUGUGUCCGCUGCAUUUCCUUUACUGUCUCGGGGUUAACCUGCAUUUGACCCAUCCUUUGGUGUCUCUGGGUUAAACCUGCAUCUGGCCCAUUUUUCAGUGUCUCUGGGUUUGUCAGGAGCAGUGGGGCCUACCUCCAGACCUUGGUGUAGUCUUGGUCAGGACAUCUUUAAGCUAAAGGGUUUGACCUGUUGACAUGUUUUGUUUAAAUCCAGUCCAACACUACAGACUUUAAAUAUUUUCCAUUUAACACAAAAAUAAGUCACAUUUGUUCCAAAGUCUUUCAUCCAAACCAGUCUUCCCUACAGACGAUUGGCUUCAUUUAAAACAUCCAAACUGAUGUGAAAGUGCACACAGAAACGGCCUACAUGGGAAUCACGCCAGGGACCUUCUUGCUGUGUGGCACCUCCUCAAAUCCAGAUGAAUGUUCUGACCCGCUCUCACUGAUGGAGAUGUUCUACUGUGGCCUGUGUCCCCUCCUCUUCAGCCCGGACAGAAACGAUUCUCACUGUGAAUGGUUCUACUCUUAGAACUGUCCUCACUGCAAAAACAUGUUCCAAACUUGUCACUCAAGCCUCGUCUGCUCCAUCCGCGUCUGCUCCAUCCGCGUCUGCUCCAUCCGCGUCUGCUCCAUCCGCGUCUGCUCCAUCCGUGUUUGCUCCAGCUAAAAUCAAAUCUCAGUAUUUACCAUGACCACAUCUAUGUUAUUCAUGUUUACAACAGUUUUACUUGUUUCAGCAAAUAUCUUUCAAACUCAAAGCAAAAAUAUCCCACAGUGGCCCAUUAUUUCAGUGUUUUUUUUGCACCAAGUACCACCAGAGGGGCACCACCAGAGGGGCACCACCAGAGGGGCACCACCAGAGGGGCACCACCAGAGGGGCACCACCAGAGGGGCACCACCAGAGGGGCACCACCAGAGGGGCACCACCAGAGGGGCACCACCAGAGGGGCCACCACCAGAGGGCCACCACCAGAGGGGCCAAAGUUUGUCGAGUCAUUCUGAGAGAAGUGAUGAUGAGUCUAAACUGGUCAAAUGUCGCAGAUCCAGCUGAAUAUUCUAAACUUUCUGAGUUAAUUUUGACUUCAGUGUUUGAUGUUUGCAUCAUUUACUUUUUUAUUAUGUUUAUUUUUGGAGGAGCUUGUCGCUGGUAAAGACUUGACGGUGAAUUUGAAGUGACUGUUCUAAAGUCCAGACCUGUUCUGUGGCUCAUGGUCCAUCGUCAGUCUGUUCUGGUCAGACUAAAGACUGUUCAGAGAGUAGACACUUUCUGUGUAUAGUCUUUAGUUUGAACCACAGACUGUUGAGAGUACAUACUCUUUGUACAGUCUGUGGUUCAUACACAGUUCAGAGUCUAUUUACUCUUUGUGUAUAGACUGUACAGAGAGUAUACACUCUGUGGUUCAGGCUAAAGGCUUAAAAAUCACAUGUUCAUCAGUUUUCAUUUUGUUACAGAAAUUACAGCUUCAGCCAAUGAAAUGUCAGCGACUCAAAACCACCCUGUUAUGACUUCAGUUCAGAUAUCUGAUGCAACCCAGGUUAGAUCUGUUUAAAGGUGCACUGUGUAACUUUUCUGCAUUCCUAUUAUUGAGCAGGCUUUCCCGGACACAGAUCUGACUUGUAACUUGGCCUUAUAGCAUUACCUGCUUGUGUCCAUUGCGAUGUUGAUGUGUAAAGUAAUACUGUGGGACAUUAAACAAAGCAGCAUCAUCAAAAUGGCAUCACCAUGGAGACGAGCAGGUGGCAGACCAGAUCCACUCAGUGUCUUUGAAUUUAGGAAAUGCUGUGUAAAUCGUAUGUGUUGUUAUUGCUAGAAAAGUUCCACAGUGCUGUUUUAUCUGGACUUUAGACAGGUACAAUAUGAAUGUUUCUGUGUUAAAUCAAUCCAUUUGUUGAUGAAAUAUUUGACUUAAAUGAGAAAAUUAAUUUUAAAACACAAAUGAAAUAUACAUGCUUCAGUUAUGUCAGACAUGUUUGUUCAGUCGUUCUGCAUCUCAAAGUGAAGUCAGUUUUUCAAACAACUCCAGCUCAAACGACUCCAUCUCAAAGAGAUUUUAUGUAUUUAUUUGAGUUUAUUUUAUAUAAUUUUGUCUUAAUUGUUUCUGAGGCUUGAUUGCACUGGGCGUCUGGGCUUUUAUCAUAAUUCCUCUGCUCCUCCCACCCCUAGCUCCUCCCACUUCCUAGCCCCUCUGACCCCUAGCUCCUCCCAGCCCCUGCCCACCCCCACCCCCUGACACCUCCUCCCACUUCCGAGCUCCACCCAUCUCCCAGCCCUGUCUUCCCCAACACCCUCCAUUAUCUCUGCUCCUGACCAGAUUUGUGCUCUACUUUUAACCCCCAAGGACCGGGGACGAGACCAGACUUCAUUAGGAUGAAAUCAGGUCUGAAACAGGACUCAACCAAGACUAAACCAGGGGUUAAACCAGAACUGAACCACAAAAACAGGUCUGAACCAGGACUCUGUGAUUACAUUUGUCAGGGGCAGAAUUGGCAUGUUAGUGUGUUAACUUGUUAGCAGGACACUGGUUUAUGAUCUCUGUGAAACCGUGACUCCUUGCAGUAUUUUUCAUAAUCACCCAAACCCACCCUCCUCCCCCUCUCUUCCUCUAUCACCUCUCCUUGUCCUCCCCCCCUCUCCUCUUCCUCUGUUACUCCUCCUCUCCCUCCCUCUUGUAUGUAGUAUUAUUUAAUGUGCAUUAUUCCGAGCUCCAUUCCUCCUCGUGGCCGUGGACGUUCUGAGAUGUGGGAGAUAUAAAUAUAUAAAGUCUGUAAAGUUUCCAUUGUAAAAUACUGAGAUGUUUUAUUGUGUGUAAUAUUCAAACGGUGAUGGAAUAAACUG